CAGCGAAGCACGUGUGGCUCCUUCUCGCCGGUCUGCUGUGACCUGUAAACUCAUUCAUUUGUUUUGCUUUCGCCGUUUACACUAAUAGAAGGAUAUUUUUUAUCAAAAUUCGAUAUCAGAAUAAUUCCUUAAACACUUCAUCAUGGCUCCCAGAGAAAAUGAUGAGAAGGCUGCGAAGAAAGAAAAAUUGAAACAAUCCCAGCGGAGGAUUCGAAAGCCUACCAGGAGCGAGCCAAGUAAUAUUAUCUCAGAGUUUAAUUUAGUUAAAUCCAGUGUGUCAGACAAAAAUCUUGUGACGGCUGAAGAUCUUGUUAAAGCUCUGGGGUCCAAGACAAAUGUGCAUGAUCUCAAGAAAAAAAUUAAAGCUAUUAAAACGACAACCAAAGUAUUACCAAAACCUUUGGAAAAACCUGCAGCUGAUAGGGUGAAACGUAAAGUAGGCUUUGAAAAUGCUAAAAAAACAUUGAAUAAAUGGGCUGGAGUUAUUGCGCAUCAAAGAACAGCAGUGUCUGUGAAGUUUCCUUUGAAAGAAAAUUCUAUGCAAAUGGAACCAUCUGAAAUAGCAAAUCGAUUUGUUUUGAAAACUGAUUUAGAAAAAAAAUUAGAAGAAAUUGAUCCUCCCAAACAACCAGAGCCAGUAACCCAAGACAAAUUUUCUUUGACGUUAGCAGAAAUUUUGGAACAGAGGAGUGAAGCUGCUAAAUUGAGAGCACAGCAAAGUUAUCUAGCUUCCAAAGCUCGAAGAACAAAGAAAAUAAAAAGUAAAAAAUACCAUAGAAUAGCUAGAAAAGCGAAAACAAAGCAGCAAAUAAAGGAAUUUGAAGAGUUGAAAAAGAAAAACCCAGAAGCAGCUCUAGAAAAACUUGACUUAAUCGAUAAAGCUAGAGCUCAUGAGCGCAUGACUUUGCGACACAAAAGCACUGGUCAAUGGGCCAAAAAUAAACAAAUUAGAGCAAAGUAUGAUAGUGAGAGUCGUAAAGUUUUAGCUGAACAAUUAGCAAUUAGCAGAGAAUUAACACAAAAAUUGAAAACUGAUGAUAGUGAUGAGGAUGAUUAUGUUUACGAGAAUGCUCAAGAAGAUGCCCCUACAAAAACAUCAGAAACUGAUAAUCCUUGGAAUGCCAAUUCCAAGCCAUCAGAAUCAGAAGUUGAUGCUUUUAUUGGUCAAUAUAGAAAAUAUUGGGAUGAACAACAUAAAAAACUAGCUGAAGGUGCAAAAGACAAUGAAGAGCAAGACAGUGAAGAUAGUGAAAAAGAAAGUGUGGAUUGUGUUGAUGUAACAAAAGAAUUUAUAGAGACCGAUAAUGUUGAACAAGAAAGUGCAGAUACCAAUGAUGUUGAAAAAAAAACUUUAGAAACCAAUGAUUUAGCUGAAUGUGUGACAGAUGCUUCUUCCACAAAAAAAGGUAAAAAGAAAAAAACGAAAAAACAAAAAGAAGAGAUCGAAUCAAAGAAAAGUCCAAAAAAAUUGGUCAAGUCAGUAGAGGAAACUACCAAAUCUAGUAAUUCAAAUAAAAAGAAAUCUUUAUCAAAGACAGACUCAACAGCAAAUGAAAGUGUCCAAAAUAAAAAGUCUAAAACCGAAAAGAUACAAGAGAAAAAGAUGAAAAAUAAAAAAAAUAAGAAGAAGGAUGGAAAUUCAGAAGCAAAGUCAAAGGACAAUUCGGUAGAAGAUCUUGAAAAACUGGGUUUAAAAAAUCAGCGGGUCCUUAGGCCACAAAUAGAUAAGCCAAUGGACGAAUCUGACGAUGAAAAGGAACGUGACGUAGAUGCGAUAAAAACGGUAAUCAAUCAGGUUACAACGAAAAGGAAAAUUGAAAACACCACGCUGGAUCAGAAUAAAAUAAUUAAACCUAAAAUUAUGAAAACGAUGCUACCUGACGAUACCGACGAGGAAGAUGUACUGGAUGACAUCGAAGAUGAAAACGAGUACGUAUCCAACAGGGAAGACGAAAGAAGAUUUACUCAAGCUUUCCGCGAUACUGAUUUAGCUCGUGACUUUAGAAAAGAAAAAGCUGCAGAGAUCAAAAAGAACCAACCACAAGACAUCGAUCUAACUCUGCCGGGCUGGGGUAGCUGGGGUGGCCCGGGUAUCAAGGUGUCGCGUCGCAAGCGUCGUCGCUUCAUCUUCAAAGCCCCCAAGGCGGCGCCGCGUCGCGACGAGAACAAGGGCGACGUCGUCAUCCUCGAGGAGAACGCGCCGAAAAUUCGCCGCCACAUGGUCAACGACCUGCCCUUCCCCUACAACGCCGUGAAGGACUUCGAGGCCAGCAUCAGGGCGCCGAUCGGCCGCGAAUUCGUGCCCGAGAAGACGUUCACCAAGCUCACCCUGCCGCACGUCAAGACCAAGAUGGGCAAGAUAAUCGAGCCCAUGACCGAGGACGCCCUCGUGAAGCAGGUCAAGUGCGAUUUGGACGCGCGGGAAAAGAAGCCGCUCGCCGGUGCAGUAGAGAAGAAAAACGCGAAAAAUAAUACUAACAAAGGAGGAAAGAAGAAGUGAAGUGUAAAUGGCUCGGUUUAUAAAACUGCUUAGUUAGGCUUUUUUUAUUUAUUAUUGAAUAAAAGUUUUGUAUAUAAGUUAUCAUUGUAAA